CUUUACGGCCCGGCGAUGGCGGAGGGAGAGCGGGCGGAGCAGAGCGGCGGCCUCGGGCGGCCCCCCCGGGAGGGGGAGGCGGGGGCGCUGGACCGGGCGGAGGCCCUCAAGAGCCAGGCCAACGAGUUCUUCAAAGGCAAGGACUACGAGAACGCUGUGAAGUAUUACAGUGAGGCCAUCGACCUGAACCCCGCCAAUGCCAUCUACUACGGCAACCGCAGCCUGGCCUACCUGCGGACAGAGUGCUAUGGCUACGCGCUCUCUGACGCCACCAAGGCUAUUGAGCUGGACAAGAAGUACAUCAAAGGCUAUUACCGGCGGGCGACCAGCAACAUGGCCCUGGGCAAGUUCAAGGCCGCCCUGCGCGACUAUGAGACGGUGGUGAAGGUGAAGCCAAAUGACAAAGAUGCCAAAAUGAAGUAUCAGGAGUGCAACAAGAUCGUGAAGCAGAAGGCGUUUGAGCGCGCCAUCGCCAGUGACGAGCACAAGCGUUCUGUGGUUGACUCCCUGGACAUAGAGAGCAUGACCAUCGAGGACGAGUACAGUGGCCCCAAGCUGGACAAUGGGAAGGUGACGCUAGCAUUCAUGAAGGAGUUAAUGCAAUGGUACAAGGAUCAAAAGAAACUUCACAGAAAAUGUGCCUAUCAGAUCUUGGUGCAGGUGAAGGAGGUGCUUGUCAAACUUCCCACUCUAGUAGAAACCACGUUAAAAGAGACAGAGAAGGUCACCGUGUGCGGAGACACUCACGGGCAGUAUUAUGACUUGCUGAAUAUAUUUGAACUCAACGGGCUGCCGUCUGAAACGAACCCAUAUAUAUUCAAUGGGGAUUUCGUCGACCGCGGCUCCUUCUCCGUGGAAGUGAUAUUAACACUGUUUGGUUUUAAGCUGCUGUAUCCGGAUCAUUUCCACUUACUCCGUGGCAAUCACGAGACGGAUAACAUGAACCAGAUCUACGGGUUCGAGGGGGAAGUGAAAGCCAAAUACACAGCCCAGAUGUUUGCGCUUUUCAGCGAGGUCUUUGAGUGGCUGCCCCUGGCGCAAUGCAUCAAUGGCAAAGUGUUGAUAAUGCACGGCGGGCUCUUCAGUGAAGACGGGGUCACGUUGGAUGACAUCCGGAAGAUCGAGAGGAAUCGGCAGCCUCCAGAUUCAGGUCCCAUGUGCGACUUGCUCUGGUCUGACCCACAGCCUCAGAAUGGCCGGUCGGUCAGCAAGCGCGGCGUUAGCUGUCAGUUCGGGCCCGACGUCACCAACAGCUUCCUGGAGCGGAACCAGCUAGAUUACAUCAUCCGGAGCCACGAGGUCAAGCCCGAGGGCUAUGAGGUGACGCACGAGGGCAAGUGCAUCACCGUCUUCUCGGCACCCAACUACUGCGACCAGAUGGGGAAUAAAGGUUCAUACAUCCACCUGCGGGGGUCGGACCUGCGCCCCGAAUUCCACCAGUUCACAGCCGUGCCUCACCCGAACGUCAAACCGAUGGCCUACGCCAACACCCUCCUCCAGCUGGGGAUGAUGUAACUUCCCCUGUCACCACCGCCCCCGCCUGGAGGCCCCUCAUGCUAAGCAGAGACGGUCCCUCAGCCUUUUUACAUUCUUCCACCAUCAGCCCGGGCUGCCCAGGCGCCGGAGCGUCCAUCACGAGGGCGGGGAGGGGGGGUUGCUGUGGUUCUCUUCCCCCCACACCGAGCCCAUUUGUAGUGUUGCCGUGAGCUGGUGCCGCGCAGCCGAGAGGCAAGAGUAUUUUUUUUUUUUUAAUAUAUUGGAAAGAUUGUAUUUAUUCCCAGGGCUCGCUCAGCCUCCAGCCUGGAGCAGAGAGGCCGCUGGGCCCAAGCCGGCUCUGUCUGCGGCCCGAUCUCUCCCAACAGACGGUAUUGGCUUGUAGGGUGGAGCGCGGAGGCCUCCCCUCCCUUCCCCAAGUGCUCUGGUUUUGAGGCAUGUCUCUGAUGAGUGGUCUCUAGGCUUGGGGGUUUCAGGAGAGGCGAGGGGGCUAGGUGAGGUCAGAGAUUAGGAUCAGGUCAUGAGCAGAAGCAAGGUGUCGACGUGCGGGGGGGUCCCAUCCAUAGUCAUCCUCUCCCUCUGCAUCAGAAACCCAGGGUGGGCAGGUAGGGCUCUGCUGUCACCAGCUUCGGAGGCACUUCCUGUGUCAGCUCAGAGAGGCGGGCGAGAGCUGGGCACAGGAGGGAUCUCUGAUUGCAUCCCUAGAGGAAUGCGGUGCUCGGUGGAGCUGGGCCCGGGACCCCUAGUUGCCAAUCUGACAAGAGGGCUCUAAUGCUGAGACCUGGGCCCCAGGACCCUUGGCUGCCAGUCUUUCGGGUGCUCUCAAAUACUGGGAUCUGGCUCCCAGGACCCCUGGCUGCUGAUCUGUGGGGCCAGGACCCCUAACUGCUUGCAUCUGGGGCUGGAACCCCUGGCUGCUGGGAUAUGGGUCCCAGGACCCCCAGCUGCUAGUCUGACCAGAGGUCUCUAAUACCAAGACCUGGGCCCCGGGACCUCUGGUUGCUGGGAUCUGGGCCCUGGGACCCCUGGCUGCCGGGAUCUGGGCCAUGAGACCUCUGGCUGCCAGUCUCACAGGACCUCCCUAAUCUGAGUCCCAGGACCCCUGGCUGCCAGGAUCUGGAUCCAGGACCCCUGGGUGCUGGGAUCUUGGUCCCAGGACCACCAGCUGCCAGUCUCACAGGAGCGCUCUCACCCUGGGGUGCCCCUCUUCUAGGUCCCCUGUGAGCUCUGAUCGUAGCUCCCGGCUGCAGAGGACAGGGGCAGCAUACACCCCUCCCUUCCCACAAGCCAUUCCUCCUCCCUGGGCAUCUGCCUCUAGCCCUCCACAGCCAAGAAGUAAGGUUAAGAGUUUGUCACAGUUUGUUUAGUAAAAGCCAAGGCCAGGCCACAGGCAAUAAACACGAAUUCACAGAGCCCUGUGACCCGGCCCUGGCUUUCACCCAACAGAACUGUGACAAAAUGGGGCUGACGGGUGGGAUGAGAGUCUGAGCCCUGCUAUGGGGGAGGAAAGGGGGAGGUCUGCAGCGGCUGGGAGAUGGGGGGACCCCCCCCCCAUGGUGGCUCAGAGCUCCAGGGGACCUUCUGCUUGCUGACAGCUGAAGUCCCACCGCCCAAGGGCUGAAGCGGAAAAUGUCCCGGAGGUCUCGGGAAGUCCUGGAAUCCGUGACCUAAUCUUAGCCUUACAGAUAAGCAAUAGGUGUGUGGGUGUUGUGCUGGCAGAGGCCCAGUCCAACUCAUGCCAGGAGUGUGUGGGUGUGUGUGUGUGUGUGUAGCAGGGACAGUGGAGGGGCACCAGACUGGAUUUUGUGGGGUGAUUUACCCCAGUUGCCCACCCCCACCUUUGCCCCCUUCUCUCAGCCUGGGGAGCAUCGGGCACCUCCUCGAGGGAGCGCGACCGGCCUUUUGUGCCACAUGCGCAGGCCAGCAGCAGAUGCGUCCAAAGCACUUGGGUGUCUCCGUGUGCACCACCGGAUCCAGGAGCUCGCCCCCCACCGCCACCUCUCGAGCUAUUUUACUGUCUGUAAUUAAAGAUGUUAAAAUAAAGUAAUUAUUAUAAGCCUUGCA